CCCCAUACACGCGUUUCAUCCUUUUUCGAGCAGUAUAGUACCCAAGUACCACCGAGUUCAUAGCAGACGCUGCCGACGAAAUCCCUACAGUAGCCAUGGAUGUCGCAUAUGACCACAUCCAGGAGGAGACUUUGACCGAUGACAACCAGGCCUCCUCGUCAUCGGACAAGACGCCUGCUCAACCUCCGACGUUGAACGCCGAGUUUCAAGACGCCUACCGAGCCUUUUCGAACAGUCCCUGGGGUGCCAGAAUUGGUGGUUUCCUCGGUAAUGUUGUGAAGCAGGGUGAAUCUGUCUACCGCGAAGCCGAAAAGGAACUGUCAGCCGUCAGUCAAGAUGCCACGCGCGGUUUCAGCGACCUGCGCACCACCCUCAUCAGCCGUACCCGCGCUCUCUCCAUAGCCACCACCCAGGCAGCUGCCUCGGCCGCCGCCGCCGCGUCGUCUGGAGUCACGGCAGCUUCAUCCUCCUCAUCCUCAUCCUCCUCCGCUUCCAAAGACGAACAAACAACCCCCACAACCGUCAAGGACCUGUCUGCCGAGGCUUCCUUGAAGCAGCAGCAGGAAGAUGACUCUGUCCUUGCCCGGCUGCGUGGCGAGGCCGCCAAGCGUCUCAAGGACCUCCAAAAGGCCGAGGAUGCCGCCGAUGAGGCCCUCCUUCGCUUCGGCUCCAACCUGCGCGACUUUCUCAAGGACGCCAUCAAGAUCGCGCCUCCGAGCGAAGAGGAAGCAGCCAAGCGGACCGAGGAGGGCAGGAAUAACAACAGCGUGCUUUUUGAGAGCAAGGACGCGCAGGGCAAGCGGGUAAUUCACACGUCGCGGUUUGACGCGCAGUUACACGUCAUCCACACCACCCUUGAGAGCUUCAGCAAGGAGCCCGCGAGCGGACAGGAGUACGACGCUUGGGUCAAGGAGUUUGAUGUCGAUCAGAAAACGGAGGCGAUCGCGGCGGAUCUGGAUAAGUACCCGGAGCUUAGGGCAACGAUGGAGAAGCUGGUGCCUGAUCAGGUGCCGUAUGCCGAUUUCUGGAAGAGAUAUUACUUCUUGAGGCACGGCAUCGAGACGGCUGAGGCAAGGAGGAGAGAUUUGCUCAAGGCUGCUUCCGCUGAAGAGGAAGUUGGGUGGGAUGAGGACUCCUCUGACGAGGAAAACACUUCGGAGGAGGUGACAUCCGGGGACGACAAGGCUGCGCCAGCUACCACCAAGAAGCCGGCCGCGCGGUCUUCUUCCACCGAAUCCUCCACUACCAUCAACCCACCAUCAACUGGCGCGGCUGCUCAGGGCAGCCUAAAGCCCUCGGAACCUAGAAAGUCCAACGACGAGAAGUCACAGGCCGACAGCGAAGCGAGCUAUGACGUCGUUGGCGCUGCUUCUGGCGUUCCCAGCCGUGCGCCCAACAGUCCUAAUGAGGGUCGCAAGGCCGACGAGAGCAGCGAUGAGGAAGACUGGGAGUAAGGAUUCGGGGAAUGAUGUUCAUGGGCGAAUUGAUGGGCGCGUACAUGUGCUGGACACAACUGUAAUGUUUUACGGGCGAUGAUAAUACUGGCCUGAGUUGGCGUUUUAACUUUGUUGGUUAUGGUCCAAGGUUUCGGAGUGAUGUGAAGAUGAUGAGCCCGCAU